AUGAGCUCCCUGAGAGACGUGAACCCGAGGGUCCGGGGGAUCAGAACCCCGGUGGACCUGCAGGGUCUGGCUGCACGAAUCACAGAGCAGCUCUCACAGGGAGAGAAGAAAUCCUUCAAGGAUGUGAUCGACGUCAGUUCAGGUGACUCCCACUCAGCAGGAAUGAAACCUGUCACGUUCCUUCGACAGGUCCUGGCAGUUUGUUUGUACCCUCAGCUGCUGAGAGACGAAAGGUUUCCUUCAGAUGUCAGGCUGAGAGCUCAGAGGCUCCUGGAGGCGUGUGAUGGGGAGAGCGUGGGUUCCUACGCCGACUCCUCUGGACUGCUUCACAUCAGGCAACGAAUCUCUGAGUUCAUCACAAAGCGAGACGCUGGAGUUCCCGCGUCCAGCAGAAACAUCUUUGUCUCCAGUGGUGCUCAGAGAGCUCAGAUGGUGGUUGUGAAGCUGCUGUCCACAGAGGAGGGUCAGACUCCGGCGGGUGUUCUAACCCCCCUGCCGUGUCCACACACCCUGCCUGCCCUGCUUGAUGAGGCCGGGGUGAUGUCAGUGUCUUACCUGCUGGAGGAGGAGCGACAAUGGGCCGUGGACCUGAAGGAGCUUCGCCGAGCUCUGACGGCCUGCAGGGGGCGCUGCCUGCCCAGGGCCAUUUACAUCUGCAACCCAGGAAACCCAACAGGCCACGUGCAGGACAGGAAGUUGAUUCGGGAAGUGAUCAAGUUUGCAGCAGCUGAGAAGCUCCUGCUGCUGGUCGAUGAGGUGUACCAGGACAGUGUGUACGCACAGAACCAAGAGUUUAUUUCCUACAAGAAGGUCCUGUUUGAGAUGGGCCCAGUUUUCAGAGAAAACGUGGAGCUGGUCUCGUUUCACUCGUUAUCCUGCGCCUGUGUGGCAGAGUGUGGCCUGAGAGCAGGAUUCAUGGAGGUCAUCAACAUGGACCCAGAAGUGACGCACUUCGUGGACACCCUGCUCUGCACAGACAUCAGUACUCCGGUUACCGGACAGCUCGCUCUGGACCUCAUGCUCCACCCGCCCCGGCCUGGAGACCCUUCAUACGACACUCACGCUCAGGAGACCGGGUUUGUUCAUGCCACUUUGAUCCAAAAUGCUGAGCGGGCUCUGAAGGUUCUGAACGAUCUACCAGGCAUGAGGUGUCAGCCGGCGAUGGGGGGGAUCUACCUUUAUCCUUGCUUGCUUCUGCCAGAGGAGAUGAGACAGGAAGCUGAGACGAUGGGGCUGGAGGCAGAUGUUUGGUACCGUCUAAAGUUACAGGAGGAGGAGGGACUGGUUGUAGGUGCAGGUGGAGCAGCUGGCAGCCAUCAUCUCAGGUUAAGCAUCCUGGUUCCUGCCGACACGCUGGAGGAGGUUCUGUCUCGACUCUCUUCCUUCCACCUUCGGCUCAUGAACCUCAAAACUGAGGAGAGACACAAGAAGAGACACGUCUUCACUCCGCAUGUCCCCAUUGAAGACGGAAUGAGCCCAAAGCUAAACAAUCAUCUCUCAGAAAACAUCUGA